AUGUUACAGUUAAUAUACAAAGCGGCCCAGUCUGGAGGGGACUCUGUUGGGACUCUCUUUGAUGAUUUGGAACAGCUGGAAAUAUUUAAUUCAGAGGAUAGUAAGAAAAAUGAUAGCGAACUAGGAAUAGGGGUCCGCUGCGAGGGCAGCAGAAAGGAGCUUCAAGAGCUGACUGGCAGGAGCUACCUCCACGCAGGCAUGCAGGGGCGGUUACUCCUUCAAGGGCUCUGCAUUCUGCUGAUUUUGUUGGACUUCAUGGCUCAGAAUCCCCAAGCUAAGAAUCAUGUAUGUCCCUUAAACGCUUACAGUGUCAAUAACACCUACUGCACCUGCAACCCUGGAUUCACUUCUGAUUCUGGAUUCAAAUUCUUCAAGUACGAACAUGAGAACUGUAAAGAUAUUGAUGAAUGUAAACCACCCAUUAGUGAAGAUUGUGGACCACAUGCUGAAUGUCAGAAUGUGAAAGGAAGUUUCAACUGCAAAUGUAUCCCUGGAUAUGAACUCCUUUCUGGAGGUGUACUGUUCAAGAAUUCCAGCAGCAACACUUGUAAUAUUACCACCUCUUCAGGGGAAAACAAAGGCAACAAAAAGUUGGAACAGGUCAUUGAAUCUGUUGCACAGCAGAUCAGAAAGAACAUGACUCUGUGGGAAAAGAGAGAAAAGAAGGAAGUGGCUACCAAGAUCACAAAUAUUCUCCUGAGUAUGGAAAAUAAUGUUCUAGAGGCUGUCUUGAAAACCCCAGAGCAAGAAAUCCAGGAAAUUGAAAACAUGUCUAUAGCUGUUGAAACUCGAGUUGUCAGGGACAAUUGCUCGCAGAAUAUCUUCAACUUGAAAGCCCAUAUGAACUCAAUGGAAAUUCACUGCAGCGAAAUCAACCAGGAAAAAAACCAAGGUCCCAGUGCAGUUGCCUUCAUUUCAUAUGCUUCUCUUGGACACAUCAUAAAUGCCACUUUUUUUAAAGAGAUGAGUGAGAAUGAUCAAGUUUACCUGAACUCCCAGAUAGUGAGUGCUGCAACGAGACCCAAGAGGAAUACAACUCUCUCUGAGCCUGUGAUUCUGACUUUUCAACACACAGAGAUGAAUCGUAUUUUCGACAAGGCCUUCUGUGUCUACUGGGAUAGCACAGAGGAGGGCAGCCACUGGUCCAGGCACGGCUGCUACGUGAUGCAUGUGAAUGAAAGCCACACGGUGUGCAAUUCCACCCACCUGUCCAGCUUCGCUGUCCUCAUGGCCAUCACCAACCAGGAGGAGGAUCCUGUGCUGGUUGUGAUCACCUACGUGGGACUGAGCCUCUCUCUGCUCUGUCUCUUCCUGGCCGCCCUCACCUUUCUGCUGUGUAAAACCAUCCAGAACACCAGCACCUCAAUCCACCUGCAGCUCUCAAUUUGCCUCUUCUUGGCCCACCUGCUCUUCCUCACAGCCAUUGACAAAACUGAGAUCAAGGUCUUGUGCGCCAUCAUUGCAGGUGCCUUACAUUAUCUCUACCUGGCCUCCUUCACCUGGAUGCUGCUGGAGGGACUGAACCUCUUCCUCACUGCACACAACCUGAGAGUGGUCAACUACUCCAACAUAAACAAAUUCAUGAAGUGGUUCAUGUUUCCAGUGGGCUAUGGGGUCCCGGCUGUUAUCGUGGCUGUUUCUGCAGCAUUCAAGUCUCACCUUUAUGGAACACGCCAUCACUGCUGGCUCAAUGUGAAGCAGGGAUUCAUCUGGGGUUUCCUCGGCCCUGUCUGUGCCAUUAUUUGUGUGAAUUUUGUGUUUUUUUCCUUGGUCCUUUGUAUUUUGAAAAAGAAUCUUUGUUCCCUCAACAGUGAAGUGUCAACUAUACAGAAUAUAAGGAUGCUGACAUUCAAAGCUGCAGCUCAGCUCUUCAUCCUGGGAUGCACAUGGAUUCUGGGAAUCCUGCAGGUAGGUCCGGGUGCCCAGGUCAUGGCCUACUUGUUCACCAUCAUCAACAGCCUGCAGGGCGUCUUCAUCUUCCUGGUCUACUGCAUCCUCAAUCAGCAGGUCCAAAAGUGGAUUAGAGAGAUCAUAAAACAUAAAUCUAAGUCUGAGAGUUAUACGCUUUCCAGCAAGUUUGGCUCUGAUUCAAAACCUGAGGCUAAACCUCCUGACCAAACAUGA